CAUACCGCCUGCGCCUUCCUGCCCGCGGGUCUCGGCACCAGGCCUUCAAGGCCCCUCUCCCGCCUCACACUCGGCCGCCCCACCGCCCCGCCAAAUGCAGGCCGCCGUCGCCCUCCCCGAGGAGAUCCGUUGGCUCCUGGCAGAUGCUGAGGAGUUUCUGGCGGAAGGUUUGAGGAAUGAGAACCUCAGUGCUGUUGCCAGGGACCACAGAGACCACAUUCUUCGGGGCUUUCAGCAAAUCAAAACUAGGUACUAUUGGGAUUUUCAGCCCCAAGGGGGAGACCAAGCUGAAAAUUACCUUGGACAGGACAGCUCCGAUGAUAAUCACAGUGGAACUCAUGGCCCUUCUCUCACAUCAGAUGCACCUUUUUUGUCAGAUUAUCAAGAUGAGGGUAUUACACUAAAAACGUUGGCUUGA